AUGGAGAUUCACCAGAAAAGAGGUGGUGGAUUGGUGCCGCUAUCGCCGUCGCAGACGCCGCGUUCAACUGAUAAGCCGGCGCGAGAUCUGCGAUCUGCUGAUUCGAAUUCGAGUAGUUAUAGUAAGUAUGAUAAAGAGAAAGGAGUCAAUGUUCAGGUUCUGGUUCGGUGCAGGCCGAUGAAUGAAGAUGAAAUUCGGCUCCAUACGCCUGUUGUGAUUUCGUGUAAUGAGGGGAGAAGAGAAGUUGCGGCUGUACAGAGUAUAGCUAAUAAGCAGAUCGAUAGAACCUUCGUAUUUGACAAGGUGUUUGGCCCUACCUCUCAACAGAAAGAACUGUAUGAUCAGGCAGUGUCUCCUAUUGUGUAUGAAGUGCUUGAAGGCUAUAACUGUACAAUUUUUGCAUAUGGACAGACAGGAACAGGGAAGACAUACACAAUGGAAGGAGGUGCAAUAAAGAAGAAUGGUGAAUUUCCAAGUGAUGCUGGUGUCAUUCCAAGAGCUGUGAAGCAGAUUUUUGAUAUAUUAGAAGCUCAGAGUGCUGAAUACAGCAUGAAAGUAACAUUUUUGGAGCUUUACAAUGAGGAAAUAAGUGAUCUUUUGGCCCCUGAGGAGACUACAAAAUUUGUAGAUGAGAAGUCUAAGAAACCCAUUGCUUUAAUGGAAGAUGGGAAAGGGGGUGUUCUUGUCAGAGGAUUAGAGGAAGAGAUUGUUUGCACUGCCAAUGAAAUUUACAAGAUAUUGGAGAAAGGUUCUGCAAAAAGGCGUACUGCCGAGACUCUUCUGAACAAGCAAAGUAGCCGUUCUCACUCCAUAUUUUCUAUUACAAUUCAUAUUAAGGAAUGUACUCCGGAAGGUGAAGAAAUGAUUAAAUGUGGAAAGUUAAAUCUUGUGGACCUUGCGGGCUCUGAGAACAUUUCACGUUCUGGUGCUAGAGAGGGUCGAGCAAGAGAGGCUGGGGAGAUAAAUAAAAGCUUGCUUACCCUUGGUCGGGUGAUCAAUGCUCUAGUUGAGCACUCAGGUCAUGUUCCAUAUAGAGAUAGCAAGUUAACCAGGUUGUUGAGGGAUUCUUUGGGUGGUAAGACCAAGACAUGCAUUAUUGCCACAGUAUCACCUUCCAUUCACUGUCUUGAAGAAACACUCAGUACCUUAGAUUAUGCACACCGAGCUAAAAAUAUCAAGAACAAACCCGAGGUUAAUCAGAAAAUGAUGAAAUCUGCAAUGAUUAAAGAUUUGUAUUCUGAAAUUGACAGACUAAAGCAAGAGGUGUAUGCUGCCAGAGAGAAAAAUGGAAUCUAUAUUCCGCGCGAUCGUUAUCUUCACGAAGAAGCUGAGAAGAAGGCCAUGACUGAAAAGAUAGAACGAAUGGAACUAGAUGCAGACUCAAAGGACAAGAACCUGGUGGAACUUCAAGAACUCUACAAUUCUCAGCAACUUUUGACUGCUGAAUUAAGCGGGAAACUUGAAAAAACUGAGAGUAGUCUAGAAGAAACUGAACAGACAUUGUUUGAUCUUGAGGAAAGGCACAAACAAGCAAAUGCAACAAUUAAGGAAAAGGAAUUCUUGAUAUCAAAUCUCCUAAAAUCUGAGAAAGAACUGGUAGAACGUGCAAUUGAACUACGAGCAGAGCUCGAGAAUGCUGCGUCGGAUGUGUCGAACCUGUUUUCCAAAAUUGAGCGGAAGGAUAAAAUUGAAGAAGGAAACAGGGUGCUUAUCCAGAAAUUCCAGUCCCAGUUAGCUCAGCAGCUUGAAGCUUUGCAUAAGACAGUUUCAGCAUCUGUAAUGCAUCAAGAGCAGCAACUGAAGGGUAUGGAAGAAGAUAUGCAGUCUUUUGUAUCAACAAAAUCAGAGGCUACUGAAGAUCUUAGAAUAAGGGUGGGAGAGUUGAAAAACAUGUAUGGUUCUGGGAUUAAAGCUUUGGAUAAUCUAGCCGAGGAGCUUAAAGGAAAUAAUCAAUUAACUUAUGAAGACUUGAAAUCUGAAGUAGCUAAGCAUUCAUCUGCCUUGGAGGAUCUUUUUAAAGAAAUUGCCUUAGAAGCUGAUUCGUUACUGAAUGAUCUUCAAAAUAGUCUCCACAAGCAAGAGGCCAAUUUAACUGCUUAUGCUCAUCAACAGCGAGAGGCACAUGUCAGAGCAGUCGAGACUACACGUACAGUAUCUAAAAUAACGAUGAACUUUUUUGAGACAAUAGACAGGCAUGCAUCAAGUUUGACCCAAAUUGUGGAAGAAACACAGUUUGUUAAUGAUCAGAAAUUGAGCGAGCUUGAAAAGAAGUUUGAGGAGUGCACUGCUUAUGAAGAAAAGCAACUGCUGGAGAAAGUGGCAGAAAUGCUAGCAAGUUCAAAUGCUAGAAAGAAAAAACUGGUUCAAAUGGCCGUUAAUGAUCUUCGAGAAAGUGCAAACUGUAGAACCAGUAAAUUGCAGCAAGAAGCAUUAACCAUGCAGGAUUCCACUUCUUCUGUCAAGGCAGAAUGGAUGAUUCACGUGGAAAAAACAGAAACCAACUAUCAUGAAGAUACUUCUGCUGUGGAAUCUGGAAAGAAAGACCUUGCAGAGGUUCUUCAAAUCUGCCUCAACAAGGCAGAAGUAGGUUCACAACAAUGGAGAAAUGCUCAGGAGUCAUUGCUAAGUUUAGAGAAGAGAAAUGCUGCGUCUGUCGAUACUAUUGUUCGGGGAGGAAUGGAAGCUAAUCAAGCUCUACGUGCCCGAUUCUCGAGUGCUGUGUCAACUACAGUUGAAGAUGCAGGAAUAGCCAACAAGGAUAUUAACUCAUCUAUUGAUCAUUCAUUGCAACUUGAUCAUGAAGCUUGUGGAAAUUUAAAUUCCAUGAUUACCCCAUGCUGUGGUGACUUGAGAGAAUUGAAGGGUGGUCAUUACCACAGAAUUGUGGAGAUAACUGAGAAUGCGGGGAAAUGUCUUCUCAACGAAUACACGGUUGACGAACCAUCUUGUUCAACACCAACAAGAAGACUCUUCAAUUUACCAAGCGUUUCAUCUAUUGAAGAGCUAAGAACACCAUCUUUUGAGGAACUUUUGAAGGCAUUCUGGGAUGCAAAAUCUCAGAAACAAGCAAAUGGAGAUGUUAAACAUAUUGGUUCAUAUGAAGCUACUACUCCUACUCAAUCAGUAAGAGAUUCCAGAGUUCCUCUUACCGCUAUUAAUUAA